AUGGAAAUAGCAAAUGCUGUUGGGACUACAUCAGGUGUACCGCGAAAUCCGCGAGUAAUGGAAGGUGUUGGUGCACGGGUCAUUCGCGGGCCAGACUGGAAAUGGGGAAAACAGGACGGAGGCGAAGGGCACGUCGGAACAGUGAGAAAUUUCGAAUCCCCCGAUGAAGUCGUAGUAGUCUGGGACAACGGAACAGCCGCCAAUUACCGUUGCUCGGGCCAGUACGAUUUGAGAAUUCUAGACAGCGCCCCCACGGGCGUCAAGCACGAAGGCACGAUGUGCGACACAUGCAGACAACAGCCAAUAUUCGGGAUCCGUUGGAAAUGCGCCGAAUGCGGCAACUACGAUCUCUGUUCCAUCUGCUACCACGGGGACAAGCACCAAUUGAGGCAUCGGUUCUAUCGCAUCACGACGCCCGGCAGCGAACGCGUGUACUUGGAAACGCGCCGGAAAACGAAGAAAAUCGCCAUUCGUGGUAUAUUUCCCGGGGCACGGGUGGUUCGAGGCGUCGACUGGCAGUGGGAGGAUCAAGACGGGGGCAACGGACGACGCGGAAAGGUUCAAGAAAUUCAGGAUUGGUCUGCUGCCAGUCCGAGGUCUGCAGCUUACAUCGUUUGGGAUAACGGAUCGAAAAAUUUGUACCGAGUGGGUUUCGAAGGAAUGGCGGAUUUGAAAGUUGUUAACGAUGCGAAAGGGCAAAAUGUCUACAGAGAUCACUUACCUUGUCUCGGCGAACACGGACCGGGAAGAAAUUCACCGCACGGUUUCAAAAUCGGAGAUCAGGUCCACGUGAAUUUAGAAUUAGAAAUAGUUCAGUCGUUGCAACACGGCCACGGGGGCUGGAUCGACGUUAUGUUUGAAUGUUUAAACAGUUUCGGUACCGUGGUAGGAAUCGACGAAGAUCACGAUAUCGUUGUCGCGUACAGUAGCGGAAAUAGAUGGACUUUGAAUCCUGCCGUUCUAACGAAAGUGGCGACCCCGACGAACGCCAGUGGAUAUAACGAAGCGCCCCAACAACAGUUCGCCGUCGGAGACGAGGUCCAAAUAUGUUCCGAUAUCGAGAAAGUAAAAAUGUUGCAAAGAGGCCACGGCGAUUGGGCCGAUGGGAUGGCCGCUACGCUAGGAAAAGUGGGCCACGUUCAACAGAUUUACAACGACAACGAUCUGAAAGUGGAAGUGUGCAAUACGACUUGGACCUACAAUCCUCUCGCUGUCACCAAACUGGCGAGCAAAAACGGCGGAAUCGACGGCACCUCGUCCGGAGAACGUCUCAGCGCGCUGCUCAAGAAACUGUUCGAAACCCACGUCUCCGGCGAUGUCAACGAGGAACUUGUAAAAUCCGCGGCUAACGGAGACGUCCAAAAAUGCGAGGAAGUACUGAAACAAAGUAACACUGCCGGAGCAGGAGUAGGACCCGAUGUAAACGGGGUAUUCGCCGGCCACACGGCCCUGCAAGCGGCCAGCCAGAACGGGCACCUGGAAGUCAUCUCGGUGCUGCUGAGAUAUAACGCGGACGUGGAAAUCGAAGAUAAAGACGGCGAUCGGGCCGUGCACCACGCCGCUUUCGGCGACGAACCCGCCGUGGUGCAGCUGCUGGCCCACGCCGGGGCCGAUUUGAACGCGCGGAAUAAACGCAGGCAAACCGCUUUGCAUAUAGGCGUCAACAAAGGGCACAUCGGUCUCGUGAAGAUGCUGCUCGAUCUGCAGUGUCAUCCCAGUUUGCAGGACUGGGAUGGCGAUACUCCAUUACACGACGCCAUAUCUAAGAAACGUGAUGACAUGUUAACCCUUUUACUAGAUCACAGCGCAGACAUAACUCUGACCAACAACAGCGGAUUCAAUGCUCUACAUCAUGCAGCUCUACGCGGAAAUCCAAGGUCGACGCUGAAAGAUACGCUUAACGUUCCACAUUGCAGUAACGUUUCCUUUGGACCGACUUAA